AUGAAGGCGAAGCUCAUCAUCAGCAUUCUCGCGCUCGUGCUCACCGAGCAUUGUUCUCGCGCAUAUCCAGACUCGAAACCGCAUGAAACGGUGCAUGCGCCGAUCUUCACAGAUGUCUACGAUCUGCGAAUUCAUGAAGGCGCCGACAGCGGAAGUCGGCUCACAAUGGGCGCCGAGCUUCAGAAGGCUAUCGAGAAAAUGGGCCAUUGUUUCGGACAAAUCGAAAGCGAUGUCGACUGGAUCGAAUAUCGAUCUCAACGCGGUGCAUUUUAUACGAGCUCGCAGAUGCCGAUUUCGGUGAGCAAAACAUCAGACAACCUUGUUGGAACCCUGCAUUUAUUAUGCGCCGGAAAUCAUAUGCACACGUUUCCAUUCAAAGUGCACGUGACUCAUCGAAACCAUCACGCGCCAGUAUUCUCAAAACCAUUCUACAACAUCUAUGUGCCAAUUUCGUUGCCGAUUGGCGCGACGAUUGCUCGCCUAUCGGUAUCCGAUAACGAUUCGGUAAUCUAUAAUGCCGAGCGUCGAUUGGCGUUCACGAAAGAGCAGAAGCUUCUGGAAAUUGCGCAGGAUGGCGCGAUUCGCCUAAAAUCCAAUUUGGCGUCUUUAACCGCCUACACACCAAUUCGUCUUCAAGUGCUCGCCAUUGACUAUGGAAGCCCUCAAAUGUUCACCAUCGCCAAUCUGACGAUCAUUCCGGUGACGGUCAGCGCGGUACGAAACGCCCAUGUGAACAUCGCCACUGACUCCUAUCAAAUAUUUGAAUGGGAUGCUCCCGAAUACGGAAAAGCUGACAAAUUUCGACUAAGCAUUCGAAGGGACGCGCAAACGAUCUACGAGGAGGAAUUGGAAUCAAUGAAGACGAUGGUUUUAACAAAGAUAAAAAUAGAUCGAUCACAGAACACAAGCUUCCAAAUCGCUUCGAUCGACGGCAAUGGAGAAACGUUGACUGAAUGGGAGCCGAUUCGGCUAAUCGAAAAAGUUCUCAAAUGCGACGGUGAGUGCUCACGCGGCGGUCUACCAUUGUGCUACUUCGGACCGUACAAUCGCGUCGAGCAAUUCGUCGACGCUCGCGGACCGCACUGCCUCUGCUUCCCGGGCUUCAUCGGCGUCACGUGCUCGGCAAUCGACCGUUGUCCGGAGGAGCGAAUAGUGGGACCAUAUGGCGGAAUCGAUUGGCAGUCGGUCAACACCAACACCACCCUACGCCUUCCCUGUCCCUACAAUCAGCCGACCGAGAAUCAAUUCAUCGAGCGCAAAUGCGAAUGGAACGCGGAUUCGGGACGCGCCGGAUGGGAGAAGCCGGCGGAACGCGAUCGGUGCACCCAUCAGACAUCGGUGUUGACGCAUUUGGGAAUGAUCGGCACGUUCGCCUCGCGAGCCACAACCGUGUCGGCGUUGAAUACGGCGACGACUUUCAUUCGAAAAAUGCUCAUGAUGCCCGCGUUCUCGCGCGAAACAUCGAAAUACGCGCAUUUCGAUCAGAAAAUCGCCGAAAUGGCCACACUAGUGCUCGAUUCGAUUAUUCAAACGAAUUUGGAUCGUCUCGAAGGCAACACCACAAUUCUGCGGGGCGACACAUGGGAUGUCAUCGAUGAGUUCUCGCGAAGUCUUCCGGUCCCUUAUGCGCUAUCAUCGCCGGACACCGGAAUCUACAUGAAAUCGAUUGAAUGGACGAAACGAAGCGACAUCAAUGACAAUCUCAUUGGAAAGAAGUGCCGAAUUCAGCUGCCGACAAUUGAAGAGGACCACGUGGUCCGAACAAUUUGCACCUCAAAUGCCACACUUUUCGAGCUGCUUGAUUCAAAGAGCCCGAUUCUAUCGGUCCAAUCGGACAGCGACGACGAUUUUCCGUUCAGCCGCAUAUCGAUAUUCAUGCGAUUUCCGGAUCGCCGCGACAAUUACACAUGCGUCUAUUAUGACGAUGAAGAGAAAGCGUGGUCGACGAAAGGCAUCCGACGAAUCGAGCACAAUUACCAUGGUUAUGUGAAAUGCGAGACGAAUCAUUUCGGCGUGUUCGCGCUGCUUCCCGACCGCCUCUUCUAUAAUUCGGAAUCGUUCUGGAAGGAUCUCGCCUCGCACAUGCCGACGGUCACCUCAUUCGUCACGCUGAUUUGCACGAUUCUGCUGCUUUUCAUGGCCGCCGUUCAAAAGAAUCAAUCCAUCGAUUUUGCGUUCCUCCUCUACCUCUUCUUCAUCUUCAUGAUCCAUCUAGUUCAUUUAUUGCUAUUCCUUGCCCCUCAGGUCGGCGAGCCGUUCACGUUCACCACAAUGCUUCACUUCAUCUUACAAUUUUGCGUAAUAGCUGCAUCGGCGCUUUUAAGCCUUGUUUUGUAUUCGGUUCAUUCGACAAUCAUCUCCUACGACGUUUCAAAGGUUGACGAGCAAGCCGCUUGCUACUCGAGACCCCUUCACGUAUUCGCGUUGGGAAUCUUCAUUCCUUCGUUGUUCACGUUCACCACCUAUUACUUCCUUGAUGGAAGGGACAUCGACGUGGCCAGGGUCCUGGAACGAAUCGACUGGCUCUUCAUCACCAAUUAUCUUUUGCCGACGGCGAUCUUCUACUCAAUCGCGGUGGUCUACGCGGUCUGGAAUAUGUACAUUGGAAGUGGCGGCAAGAACAAUCGCCGCUGCUCAUCCGACAUGGCGUUGGCGCCGGCGAUCAGCGCCUCGGUCACCUCACUAUUUAUGAUCUUCUUCUUCUGCUCACUUCUUUUGUUGUUCUUCUUCCGCGACGAAUCGCCGCUCGUCGUCUUCCUCUUUUGCGUAUUCCAAUUCUUCCACGUCGUCACCGCAUUCUUCUUCGCUUCAUAUUUGUUCAGACUUCGAUUCCUCCUUCAACGCGGCAUCGAUGCCGCCGACACGACGGACAGCCUCGAACGCAAACGCGACAUCUCGCGUGCGCUUCUCGAGCACGUCGCCACCAAGAGCGACAUCUCGUCGGAACCGGCGUGCGCUUCCUACGACGGCGGAUUCGUCGACGCCGGAUUCAGCGAGUCGCCGAACUACAAUUAUGCGCCGCGCGAGUACAUCGCCAACGAGCAGCAACGAUAUUUGACAUUCAAUCACAACAUUUUCGAGCGAGCACCAAUGGUGAGCAUCGUCUAG